GACAAGCGCGUCGUCCGUGAAUGUCGCGAUAAAACAAAGGACGGUUUUCGUUCUUAUUCCCAACGCGACAGUUGAAUUAAAUUACGGAAACGAAAGUAGACGCGAGUUCAUCCUGCUGAACGGUUCUCCGUUCGCCGAUGCUUCAAAAUUCAAGAUAUCGACGAGGUACUCGCCGCUGAUCGAGUCGCGAAAUCAUAAGGUUAUGCACCAGAAUCGAGAGAGAAUAAAGAUGUCAAGACACUCUUGCUAGCUAUUUGAUGUAAGCAGGGUGAGACAGGAAGAGAGGAAAGGAGGGAGAUAUCUCACAGAUAAUACGUGAAAAAGCAUUAUGUUACGAUACAUAAUUCGACGGGCUCGGAAAAACUGAAGAGCUCCCAGCUGAUCAGAGAAACUAUAAGAAUAAUAUUCGAUUAGGCUUAAAUGAAUGUUGAGUACACACGUUGGAAAUAAUUGUUGAACGAAACUUCGUGUUAAGAUAGAUAUUAAGAUAGAUAUUGGGAGGAGAGAAUAAGCAUACAGGUCUCAAAUUAGAAAAUGUUAGCAAACAAUUUAAUGUCGGUGAGUACAGGCAGAGGCAGCAAUAGUCUUCAAAAUCGAAACUCGCAGAGAUCCACCCUCUUGAAAGUGGUGAUUCUCGGAGAUGGUGGUGUUGGAAAGUCCUGCCUUAUGAAUAGAUUUGUGUCAAAUCAUUUCGACGAACACAGUUUUCAUACUAUCGGAGUAGAGUUCCUGAACAAGGAUAUUGAGAUCAACGGCGAGGCAUAUACAUUGCAAAUAUGGGACACAGCCGGACAGGAAAGAUUCAAGACUCUUAGAACACCAUUUUACAGAGGCUCAGACAUUUGUCUACUUACUUACGCGGUAGACGAUAAGACGAGUUUUAGAAAUCUCACGCUAUGGAGAUCUGAAUUUCUUAAGUAUGCAAAUGUUCAGGAGGGCUCCACUUUUCCAUUUAUUGUUGUUGGCAAUAAGGUGGAUGUUCCUGAAUCCGAGAGACAAGUUUACAUGGAAGAAGCUCAAGCUUGGUGUUCAGAGAAUGAUAAUCCUCCGUUAGUUGAAACAUCAGCAAAAGACGCCACUAAUGUCGAGGCAGCUUUUGGGGCAGCGGUUGACGCAUGGGCGCGAUUGGAAGCUAGAUUAGAGCGGCCUUUAGUGGAAGACACUGUCGAUCUCUCUAAACAGCAAUCCCAGCAUCGUACGAGCUGCUGCAUGCCUAUUUCCGGCACUGAAUCUACAUUUGUGACCAGAUAAUUGAAAUGGCUGGUAAGAAGAUUGACACGAUAUAUUCGUUCGUUAUGUGAUGCACACCAACAUUUCUGGAACAAUCGUUUAAAGUUUUCUUUAUGUUUGGAAGAAGGAUACACAACGUCGCACUAUUAAACUCAUAGAAACGAUGCUUACUCUAUUUAGGAUCUAUAAGGAUACAUGUUACACAAUAGAACUAUAAGAGGUUAUUUUAUCUGGCCUGUGUCUUAUUUUUUGCACAUUACAGUAAG